AUGGGCGCCUUUCCGCAUCAUCCGACUACACCGUUCAUACAUGAAAACGUACCGUUUCCAUUCUGUGCGCGCUUGUAUUCCAUAUCGAGUUUGCAGGGUACUGGCCCAACAAUCUCCACACGUCCACAGACCUCGAGAACCACCGCCAUGGAGAUGUUCGUCAUCUUCAUCUUGCAUAAAUUGACACUUCUGUCCCUCGUUCGAUCCUCAGAAACGGACCUUGAAAGCUUCAUUCUUAUCAUAAUAGUCAUCAGGUUUGAUUACUCAUUGUUGUACUCCCUUCAACUGGCUAUUAUCUCGUCUCUCUAA